GUACUAGGAUACGUACCGUUGUUUUACUUAUUCAAAAUCAGUCUGUUUCCUUGACAAAAAUACAUAUAUUUUUGAGUUUAUGGGAAUGAGUAAAAGUGGUCCUUCCUAUUGCUUUUUGGUUGAGUGGUUUGAUACCAUAUCGUCAUUAGUGAAAACCUUUCAGCUGAUUUAUCAUCCUAACAUUUCUUCAGUGGAAAUGGUAGUUAAUAUUAAUUUCUGCAUUAUUCUUCAAGCAUGAAGAAAAAACAAACAGGCUUUUCUGAAACCUACGAAAGUUGAGGGGCUUAAACUGUCCGAUUUUUACUUAGGUAGUACAGUGACUAUAUUCUCGCGCUCACUCAGGAUUGUGGAUUUCGGAGACGAGUUUACAAAACGAGAGUUCUUAAGUCGUUCAGAGAGAUGUCUCGUAUUUAUAACCCCAAAUUCUGUUUGCCGGCUGGUGAAGUUAUAGCAACACUGGAGAACAAGUCUUUUCGUAUAGUCAAUCUGAAGUUGUUACGUUUGACAUCAGACGAAGUUAAAAGUCUUUCUGAGAACCACACGGACUUUUCUAGCAUUCCGAGAUUAUUAAGUGAAUUAUCAGGCAGAAUUGUUAUCGCUUUAGAAUUGAUGGGUGCAAAUGCGUGUGAACUUUUGAAUGAAUUUAUUUAUGGAUCAAAAGGAGAUGACGUUUUAUCUAAUCCUGAUUUGUUUAUGCUAACAACAAAUGCUAGUGAUUCAUUAAAGCAGGCUAAUAAAAUAUUUGGUUAUCCUGGUGGAAUGAAUUAUCUGGGAGCACCAUUGCUCAAGAAUACAACACUAAGCAUAAUUAGACCACACGCAGUAUCAGAUGGUCUUACUGGGAAAAUAUGGAAUGCGAUUAAAGAAAAAGGAUUUUGUGUAACUGCAGCCCGUCUCUAUCGUUUAUCCAAAGCGGAUGCAGCAGAAUUUUUGGAAGUAUACAAAGGUGUAGUACAAGAGUAUCCAGAGAUGUUGGAUCAGUUAUCUUCAGGUCCUUGUAUAGCAUUAGAAAUAGGGUUUCCAGAUCCAAAUGUAAAUGUUCAUCAAACUUUUCGAGAGUUCACUGGACCAAUAGACCCGGAGAUUGCCAAAUUUUUGCGACCAGAUACAUUAAGAGCUGUAUUUGGAGUUGACAAAGUGAGAAAUGCUGUUCAUUGCACUGACCUACCCGGUGAUACUGAACUUGAGGUUUCAGAGGCGAAAUUGCUGAAAUAUUCUUUCUUUCAAAAUAGACUAUCCCAAUGUAUCUGAAUAGUUAAAGUUAGACAGAAUAAAGGAGGUAAUAAAUCCUGAAAAUAGAAGAUGCCAUUAUUUACCUGGAAGGCCCAACUAUCCUACACAGUAUGUCAAACGAAUAAGUUCUUUCAAAGUCAACAAAACAUGGGACAAUUAAAGCAUAUUAGCAACAAAGUUUAGCUGGAACUGACAACACAACUUGGUUUGUGCUCUCUACAAAAGGCAGCUAUCACUUGUAAAACAAAAUUUAACAGUCUAACAACUAAUGUUACUCAGUUUAUAUUCCUUGGAAGAAAGGAAACAAAAACAACCAAUUCUAUAUGAGGAAUAUUAAGAAAUUGUUGAUUUCACUUUUGCAACAGCUAAUCUCCAAUUUACUUUCUUCACACAUCUAGACUACACAUUAAGCAUAAUUUGGAAUCCCUCCUCGGUAAAAUACAUGUGACAGCUAACUUGUUGUUUUGAAUCAACGUAUGCAAUUCGUAA